CAGAGGGUUGUCACCUAAUGCUCCGAGCUCAGGCGGAGGACACACUCACUGCUGAUCCCAGCUUCCAAUACAACACAACCGACAGCAAAAAACCUCAGGUACUUCUCCAGAACUGGAUACUUAAAGGGAUAGCUGCAAAAGUGCUGCUCUGCUGCACCGACCAUUACUUGCACCCUCAUUACUCUGUCUUACUUAAUACUAUUACUUAAAAGAGUCCUCCUGGGGCUGAUCCGGGAUUGUUCCUGCUCACAUCUUGGAUAUGCUACACUUGACUAGACUCUGAUUCCAGGAUGGAAGUCACACACCCAGAAAAUACAUUGUAAGAGCUAUACUAGAAGAAGAAGAAGCAUUCACCAGGAUCCCUACUUGCCUAUGAUGGUAACCUUUAUUGAUCUGCUGUGAGAUCUGAAUGCUUUGGGCUGGCCAAUGGAGGAAGCAGCCGGUGCCCUUAUAGACUGAAUUGGCUGUGUCUUGCAAGAAGGUGAGUCUCUCACUUUCAGGAGAGCAUUGCCGGUGUCCCCUCAAGGGUCAGUAUCUCACCACCUCUGUUGGGGACUUGGCUAUCAUUUCCCACUGGCUAUUUGGGAUCCACAGCUGGACAAUGCUGCUGUCAUCUGCAGGAUACAUCAUGCUGCUUAUCUUAGGAAUUCUUUUAGCUAGCUGCCAUGCAUCAGAAAACACGACGGCUGCAGUUACAGUUAGUGAUCCUCCAAUGGCAGCUGCUGUCAGAUCUCACUUUAUGGAUUGCCCAGACUCCCACAUGAGUUACUGCUUCCAUGGAACUUGUAGGUAUCUGGUGCAAGAAGAGGAAGCGGCCUGUGUAUGUCUUCCAGGCUUUGCAGGCAAGCGCUGUGAGCAUGCCGACCUCCUGGCAGUGGUGGCAGCAAGUCAGAAGAAAAACACCAUCACGGCACUAGUGGCAGUGUCAGUGAUAUGCACAGGGCUUCUCAUUAUAGGAUGCAUAUUAAUGCAUUGUUGCAGCUGGAAAAAGCACCGUGAGUGGUGUCGGUCAGUUUUGUGUCGGAAGGAGAAGCCAGAUGGACUCUUCAAGGGAGGAGCGCCCUGCUGCAAGUCAGAGACAGUGGUCUGAGAAGGAUCUGAAGAAAACAAGGGCAUUCCCCAACUAUGGAGCAACUUUCCAUCCUGCUCAAAUCAAAUUUCAGACUACAGCUUGGACAAAUAUUCUUAACGGAGCACAUGGCUGGGGUCCAUGAUCCUUCCUAAAGACGUGGGGACUGUACCCAAUGUUUCUGGCAUAAUGUGAAGCAGGGGGAAUGGAGAAGGACAACACUUCACACUGGAAACUGAGAUAUAUUUGGAUUCCAAGUACUCUACGGGUGUGUGUCCAGAAUAGGAAAGACUGACACUACAAGUGUGAAACCUGUUUUGUUACAAAUCCAUCUACUAUGGGCCAGACUAAUGUUUUAAUUCUAAUACUGCCAGAUGGGUCUUCACUGUGUAAGUCAAUGAGUUUGGGGCCCUUCUGUUGGUAGGACAUUGGUACGAUUUAUUAUUUUGGACACUCUGAAAAGUGUUGCUUCUAACGGACCAUUCUCAUAUACCAUGCUGCUGGCAUUUCAGUAUAUUCAUAGAUGUAUAUCUAGGGACAGCUUGGUGAUAUCCACGGGAAUAGAAAAUAAUUUUGAGUUAUGUUGACACAUUUAAACUUGAGGAGAAGAAAGUUAUUUUUGUAUAUUUAAUAUGCAAAUUACCUAUACAGUGCAUUAGUAUUAAUCUUUUUUAAUCUGUUUUCUUUGGUCUAGUAAGACUCAAAAGAAGACUUACAGGAACACCCAAACUUUGGUAUUUUUCUUGGUCUAUUUUAGUCAGAUAAAAGACUUCUCUUUGUCCAAAAAAGUCCAUUUGAACUGAUAUUCAAUGACCAAUUGGAAUGUUUUUUUUCAGCAUAUCCAUUCAUGAGUUACAAGUAGUACAGAUUAUUCAUUGGUCAUCAAUGCAGCACACUGAAUGGCUUGGAUUGUGGGCAUUAAUCCAAUGGACCCUCCUCUCAUCUUCAGUUCUUGUAUUGUUUCAUUGCGUACUUUUUUAAAUUUUUAUCAUGCAUGGCAGGAAGAAUUAACAUGGAUGGUGUCUUAAUUAUUGGCUUCCACUGUAGACACUGAUGAGUCAUUAGGAGAUGAGGGUUUCGAUCUCACAGUCUCAUGUCUGGAGUCGUAUGAAACAGCUGUGCAUGGCAUCACUCUGACAUGGUCUACAUUCCUUAGCUCUCACCUGAGGUUCCUAUGAAAUGAUGUGACUGCCUAUAAGUCAUAUCAUUUGCUGUAAAGCAGGUUUUAGCAUGUGUUGAGCAGUCAGUUCACAUAACCUUGUUCCAAAGGAAUUCUGUUGUGAAAAAAAUAACUAACUUUUUUUUUUUUUUGGGCCCCUAGAGCAUGAGGGCUUUAGUGCACUGGGGGCUGGUCCUAUCCCCUUAGUGCACCUCGGAUUCUCAGCUUCCCGGUGCACUAAAGCCCUAAUUUGCAUAAAGAAAAAAGUAUUUUUUUCCUCGGGAACGCUGCAGCUGAUUUUAACAAGACAGAUAUCAUUUUAAUCAAGAGGCUCAAUCCUACCAGGCAGUGUGCCUGGUUUAGUAGCGUUGAUCCUGCUGAUCGGUAAUCUGUAAAGGGGUUCUCUGGGAAUUAAGAAAAUGAAAAUACUUAAAUAU